AAGAGGUUCAGCACACAACCAUUUCGGCUCAUUUUCGGAACUGGAAAAUUAGAUUCGAAAGUACUUUAGGAAGCGCAGCAAACAUGACGAUUGGAGCGUUCAGUAAGCUGGCGGUGGUGCUGGUACUGCUGUGCAGUACCCGCGCCGACAGUAGCUAUUACGGCGGCGGAGCAGGUGUCAGUCCUGCGCCGCAUCUGCCGGCGAUCCCGAAGGAUCCGCACUCGCGGUGCGAGGAGAUUACGAUACCGAUGUGUCGCGGUAUCGGGUACAACUUGACAUCGUUUCCGAACGAGAUGAACCACGAGACGCAGGAGGAGGCGGGCCUGGAGGUGCACCAGUUUUGGCCGUUGGUCGAGAUUAAGUGCUCGCCGGACUUGAAGUUCUUCCUGUGCUCGAUGUACACGCCGAUUUGCAUCGAGGACUACCACAAGCCGUUGCCGGUUUGUAGGAGCGUUUGUGAGCGUGCUCGGGCUGGCUGUGCGCCAAUCAUGCAGCAGUACAGCUUCAGCUGGCCGGAACGGAUGGCUUGUGAGAAUUUGCCAGUUUCGGGAGAUAGUGACAAUUUGUGUAUGGAGCAACCGAGUGAGGACGACGGAAGUCAUUCGUCGUCGGGAGCAGGUGGAGGAGGAGGCGGCGGUGGUGGAGGUCAUCAGAAGCCGACCCGCAAGCCUCACGGAGGAGCUGCCGCUGGGCAGAACAACAACAAAUGCAAGGGCAAGAAUUCAAAAAACUGCCAAAAUCCCCCAGGGGAAAGGGGAACAAAAGAGUGCAUGUGCCGGUGUCGGGAGCCACUGGUGACCCUGGGGAAGGAAAGUCUACUGCACAACAACCAAAGUGUCGAAAGGGUCGGCGACGUCCUAAACUGCGCGAUCCCGUGUCGGGGGGCGUUCUUCAGCCAGGAGGAAAAGGACUUCGCCGGGGUGUGGAUCGCGCUCUGGUCCGGCCUCUGCGGCAUAAGCACGCUAAUGACACUCACCACGUUCCUCAUCGACACCGAAAGGUUCAAGUAUCCUGAGCGGCCGAUCGUGUUCCUGUCGGCGUGCUACUUCAUCGUGUCGUGUGGAUAUCUCACGCGGCUCUUCCUCGGGCAGGACGAGAUCGCGUGCGACGGAAAGGGCAUCAAGUAUCCGGCGAUGGGCCAGAGCUCGUGCACGAUGGUGUUCAUCAUGAUCUACUUCUUCGGCAUGGCUUCGUCGAUCUGGUGGGUGAUCCUGUCGUUCACCUGGUUCCUCGCCGCUGGACUCAAGUGGGGCAACGAAGCCAUCUCGAAGCACUCCCAGUACUUCCACCUGGCGGCCUGGUUGAUCCCGACCGUCCAAACUGUAUCAGUCUUGCUGAGGCCAGCCGUUGACGGCGAUCCCGUUGCCGGAAUCUGCUACGUCGGCAACACAUCGGUUGAAAACCUCAAGAACUUCGUGCUGGCCCCGCUCUUCGUCUACCUGCUCGUUGGAACGACCUUCCUGAUGGCCGGCUUCGUAUCCCUCUUCCGGAUCCGAUCGGUCAUCAAGCAGCAGGGCGGCAUCGGCGCUGGCUCCAAAGCAGACAAGCUGGAGAAGCUCAUGAUCCGGAUAGGAAUCUUCAGCGUGCUCUACACCGUGCCCGCAACGAUCGUGAUCGGCUGUCAUCUGUACGAAGCCAACUAUUUCGAGGACUGGAUGACCGGCCUGACGUGCCCGUGCAAGGCACAAACCGGCAUCCGGCAGAAGCCGCUCUACUCCGUGCUGAUGCUCAAGUACUUCAUGGCGCUGGCCGUGGGCAUCACCUCGGGCGUGUGGAUCUGGUCUGGCAAGACGGUCGAGUCGUGGCGGCGGCUCUGGAGACGCCUGUUCGGCUCGCCCGACCCUACCGGCGCCGGCCAGGUCCUCAUCAAGCCCCGCCCCCCACUCCCCCAGCCCUACGCAACGUCCGGCAUCGGAGUGCCCGGCUCCGCAGCAGCAUCCCUGCUCGCGACCCCCUACACGCACACCAUCGGCAGCGUGGCGUCCACUAGUCAUCACCAUCUGCACCACCACGUCCUCAAGCAGACCCCGCUCAGCCACGUAUGACCUGGAGACAUUGGCGGCGCUUCCACACUUACCGCCGGUUCCGGCGCCGGCUCGGUCGUUGACCCGCGUGCCGUCUCCGUCGUUGUCACCCUGCCCGGACCCCAGCCAGGCCAAGCCCUGAGCGACUACGGUCCGAUAUAGUUGACAACGCGGCCCACGACGGCACGAUGGUUUCCGGCCAGCAGCAACGCCAGCGACCAGCUGUAAGCGGAAGCGCGAAAACAGGGAGAGGGACACACACACACACAAACACAUGUAAUUGUAUAGAGAGCAAGUCAUCAUCCGUAGCGAGCUAGGUUCAGUGUCCAUUUUUAAAGGUGUGUGUACUGUAGAUGUCAUCGUUAUUUCCGUGUAGGUCAAGAGCGCAAACACUUAGGCAAACACACACUCAGCUGUACACACAUUUCCACAAAAUGCGUUUUUGUUUUUCUAGGUUAGGUCAAAUCACUCGUACUGCUCCCUCCCCCUGUCGCCAUACUGUCUCUCUCUAACACUAACAAACUAAUACUUACUAUCAUCUUUUUACGAAACAACAAACAAACAAACAAAGAAACGCUCCUACUACAAGCUCUAACCCACUUAAGGUACGAUGAAGCCGCUCUCUUUCUAGUCCAAAAUGUAAAAAUCGCACGAACGCGAGUGCGCGCGUUCCAAAACUCCAGCGGGAGAGUAACACAGUUUUUUAUACAACAAGUGUGAGAAGAAGGUAUUUUCUACAAGCUUUUAACAUCG